AUGGAAGACCAGCAGGCUACGGCAGUGAAAAGACCUCCAGGUGGAGGGUCGCCGCAAGAGGCGGGGCCAACGCUGACAAGCACCCCCGUGCCCCCUCCCCGCAGGAUGCUGGUGGACUGCGUGCCCCUGGUGGAGGUGGAUGACAUGAUGAUCAUGGGCAAGAAGCCCGACCCCAAGUGCGUCUUCACCUAUGUGCAGUCGCUCUACAACCACCUGCGGCGCCACGAGCUGCGCCUGCGCGGCAAGAAUGUUUAGCCUCCCCGCCCCCACUGCCCGCCUGCGGCAAGCUGCCUCCACCAUCCAGGCACCAUCCCCUCCCUGUGCGCCUGCCCAUCGCUGCCCUGUCUGUCGCGACACCCUCCCCCGCAUACACACGCAGCGUUUUGAUAAAUUAUUGGUUUUCAACGA